AUGCGUACCACUGCGGCCAGCAUGGUGGGCCUAGGCCUUGCCGUGGAUUGGUUCGACAGGUCCAGCGAGGAUUCGGCCGUGCCGAGCGAGCUCCCAUCGUGGGAGUCUGGUCAGCGCCUGCCCGAGUCCAAGAUCGACUACUUGCGGCGAACUGUCAUCGAAGCCACCGACUCCAGCUUCGACGAGCUUCUUGCGGGAGACUCCCUGGAGGUGCGCGAGGCAAAGACUGCGUACAGCAUGGCAACGCUCGAUUACAGGGUCGCCAUGCAGGAGGAGACGGAGGCCAGGCAGAACUUGAUCAAUGCGAAAGAGGGUCUCGCGAAUGCCCACGGACCUGUCGAUGCCCUCCACUUCAACUGGCAGGUGGCCGACUGCGAGGACGAGCUGACGCAGGCCACGCGCCGGAAGGACGUCAAACAGAAGGCGGUGAUCGAGGCAAGCUCGCAGGCGCUCGCCAUUGUGGCGGCCCUCGGUCACCACGCGAGUGGCCAGCACCCUCUCGAGCGAGGUCUUGACUGGACCACCCCGCUGCCGUUCCGCUCGGCCGCCGAGGAGUUGACCACGACCGUGGCGGCAGACGCCGAUGGCUUCCUGUGGAGGAAGACGACCAGCCCAGAGCAGGUGGCGCAGCGCGGGGGGCUGGUGUUUCCGGUGGGCCUGGCGGCGAGCCCGUUCACGGAGCAGGCGGCGCACACGGCGGCCCGCAUCGGCGCCGGGAGCUCCUCCUCGACCGCCGGCCUGGCCGGCGUGAAGCUGGGCCCAGGCCUGCAGCCGGACCUGCCCCAGGGGCAGGUCCCCGUGCCGCCGAGCACCACCGGCCCGCCGCCCCGGCCGCCGGCUCGCGGCGCCACGCCGCAGGUGCUGCUGAAGCUGCCCAUCGCCCCCCUGCAGGUGGGAGACGUGGCGGCGCUCGAGGAGGACCUCCUGCGCGCGCUGGCCAGCGACGCCGGGGUGCGGCGCGAGCGCUUGAAGAUCCCAGAGGCGCGCGCCAGCUCACUGGCAACGUUCGGGGGGGUGGCCGCCGCAGCCCGCGCCCCGCCCGGGCUGCUGCAGCGCCGCGGCCCGGCGGCGUGA